AUGUAAAUAAAUUUGGUGAUCUUGAACUCUUAUUAUAUUUAAGAUAGAAUUAAAGGUGGUGCGAACUCAAAUUAUGAAAUUUCAGAAAUAUAAUUAGAAUAAGAAAUUAAUUAAUUAAUUUUAAAAAGCAAUCCUAUUUAAUGUAGAGAAUCAAGCGAUUUACAGCCAAAUUUAGAAAAAGAUUAAUUAUAAGAAAUAUAAAAUUAAGAAACAUUAAUUUAAGAGAAAAUAGAAUGUGGUUAAUGUCAUUAGAUUUAGGAAUUAAGUCAAUUUGCGAAUGAUGAAAAAAAUGGAGUAAGCGAUAAUUUUUUAGACUAAAAAUGUUCAAAGUGUUAAUCAUUCUUUGAUUGUCCUUUGUAGUAGAUUGAAAAAGAAAAUUAUUGUAAGGAAUGUAUAAAAUGCCAUGAAUGCAAUAGAUAAGAGCCAAGAAGGUCGGUAGGAUCAUUUUUUUAUCAUGAAGAUUGUUUAAAGAUAUCAAAAAAUUCAGCACUUAAAAAAGAAAUGAUUGCUUAUAUUAAGAAAUAUUUUGGAACAAAAAUAAAAAAAGGAGAUAAUAAUGAUAAACAGAUUUAUUUUUAAUCUGAAGCAUAUAGCAGUUUAAAUUUAAAAGAUUACAUAGGAUAUAUAAUUGGUUAUAAUCAUCCAAUUAUUAAAAGUAAAUUACAAAUUGAUCCAAAACAAUAUAAAAUAUCAUAAGAAUAGGCUGAUAACUAUUUAAUUGAAGAUUUAGAUUAAUAUGAAAGAGAGCUAUAUGAAUUUUAUUUAAGAAAUGGCAGAAAACCAGAAGAUAUCCCUGAAAACGUCAGAAUGCUAUUGCUUUUUGUUCUAUUCAUUUUUAAAGAUUUCUCAUCUGUUCUUAAUUUAGUUCGUUAAAAAAUCUAUAACCACCUCUAUAUUGAAAUUAAUAAAUAUCAAUAUUCAAAAGAUAUGGUAUUUCUAAAAGUUAAGGUUGAAAAGGCAUUAGAUUUCUUUAAUGAUCGUUUUCAUAGAGGAGAUGGAAGUAUUAGAGAAAAUGUUGUUAAUUAGUUUAAGAAAUUUUUACCUACCUUUAAAAGAGAGUGA